AAAAUCUGAGCCAUCAUCUAAACUUCAUUGUUGGGCCGCUCCAAGCCUCUCAGCUCUCACCCGAUUGAGACUCUCGAACAGGAAAAGGAGAGGAACCACCGAACACCCCCUCCAAUCACACAAUCCAAACCCCCUUAUCUCUAGAGACCAAUCUACAAAUGGGUUGCCUCCAAACCUGAACCAACCAAAUGCCUAGGGCGGCCACACGAGGGGACGGGGAGACAUGGAGGCGAUUGAGGUGGAGGCAGGUGACCUAGAUAUUGAGGCUGGAGGGCUAGAGGAAGAAGAUGGCAGAGGCGAUGAGGAUGGAGGAGAUGAAGAGGGAAGAGGUAGAGAGAAAGGAACCGCAGCAGCGGCCCUUGCUGCGAUGGCGCCAGCAAACGGGGUAGGCUAGAAGGAGGACACAUGUGGGAGGCUUGUGGUAGGGUUUUAGAUCUGAGAGGCGGGGAUGCCGUAGCACAGAGACAGUGGAGGGAGGAGCGGCGCCACUGGGUCUCCAAUUUUCGCCAUCACCCUAUGGAUGGGGUCGUGAUAGCGCAGAGGCGGAGGCGGUGAAGGGAGAAGCGGCCCCACUGGGUCUUCGAUCUUCAACAUCAUUCUAAACUACAAAUGGAUGGCCAUGGCAGGAAAAAGAAUGUGUCUCUUUUACUUCCUUUAUGGUAAGAGGGUUUGUAACAGCUAAUGGAAUGGAAAAGAAAAGAACAAGCGAUGAGUUUGAACCAGGACCUAUUCCUCCUUCACAACCAGUGGACAGGUUUGGAUUUAUAAAACAAGAGCAGAACUCUCCAGAUGGCAUAACUAAAAGCAGGCCUGCCAAUGAACAUGAGAGGGAAGAAAGGAGGAUUAGAAAGUGGAGGAAAAUGAUAGGUGUCGGUGGAAGCGAUUGGAAGCAUUAUGUUAGAAGGAAACCUCAUGUGGUUAAGAGGCGUAUAAGAAAGGGAAUUCCUGAUUGUUUGAGAGGACUUGUCUGGCAAUUGAUUUCUGGAAGUCGAGACCUUUUGCUAAUGAAUCCAGGGGUUUAUGAGCAACUAGUGAUAUAUGAGACAUCAGCAUCAGAGUUGGAUAUAAUUCGUGACAUAUCUCGAACUUUUCCUUCGCAUGUUUUCUUUCAACAGAGGCAUGGACCAGGCCAAAGGUCCCUAUACAAUGUUCUGAAGGCAUACUCUGUAUAUGACAGGGAUGUUGGAUAUGUUCAGGGGAUGGGAUUUUUAGCAGGUUUGUUGCUUCUUUACAUGAGUGAAGAAGAUGCAUUUUGGCUAUUAGUUGCUUUGUUGAAGGGGGCUGUUCAUGCACCCAUGGAAGGCUUAUAUCUGGCAGGUUUGCCACUUGUCCAACAAUACUUAUUUCAAUUUGAGCAAUUAGUGAAAGAACAUUUGCCAAAAUUGGGUCAACAUUUUUCUGAAGAAAUGAUUAGUCCAAGCAUGUAUGCAAGUCAAUGGUUCAUUACUGUUUUCUCAUACUCAUUCCCUUUCUCUUUGGCGCUUCGCAUCUGGGAUGUAUUUCUCUAUGAGGGGGUGAAAGUUGUUUUUAAAGUUGGGUUGGCUUUGUUGAGGUUCUGCCACGAUGGCUUGAUAAAACUUCCUUUCGAGAAACUGAUACAUGCUUUGCGUAACUUCCCUGAGGAUGCAAUGAAUCCAGAUACACUAUUACCACUUGCCUUCUCAAUCAAGGUGUCAAAACGCUUGGAGGAGCUUAAACAAGAAUAUGAGAAGAGAAACGUGGCAUCGUUACAGCAAACAGGGUCCGCCAAUAGGCAGCAGCUGGCUAUUAAGGAUAAAGAGUUUUCUAUCAGGCCCGAAACCAGCAAUUGUGUACCGAAAGAUGAUUCAUCUCGCUGAACCCUUGCACUGAAAUGGAGGCAAUAAUACGAAAGUAACAAUAUAACAUGCAAAAUUCCUUUUUGUAAAGCGUAUGCCCAUUCUUUUUUCAUUCUUUUCUUGGAUACAUUAUUAUGUCAAACUCUGGCUUUGUUAAGUAAUAAGACUCUAUCAGUCUAUCUUAUCCUUUACA